UUGGAGUCAAGAAUGCCUUUCUAUACCGUUGAAUCGCCUUGGCACAUUCAAUACGCCCAUCCAGAGUCAUGUUGUCGAACUCAUCGAGAAGCACACAUUACGAACUCUUCACCCAUCUGCGUCCUCAAACGAAGAAGCCAUGCAGCCCCGUUUUCGUGACCAAGAAUCAUUCCCACGGAUGUAAAUCAAUGCAGGCCCAGGAAGUCUCCUCGAACUCUACAGGCCAUUCCCAUUGGCACCACCGGCACCACCUGCAUCACCACUUCCGCCUCUACUUAAGGACGUGUGGUUCAUCCCUAGUGCCCAUACAAUCGACGCCGGUAGCAGUCCUUCACUGCUCGAACUCAAGUCGGAGUCGCAACUUGGCAGCCUUCAGUUCAGCCUCUGCAACCUCCACUUUGACCUGAAGUCCGUAGAUGAUGCGAUCUCUGACAUCCUCGUCCAUCCUAUAUCGAAUCUCAGUACCAUUAUAAGGAGAAGCACUGUGUCGGACAGGUACCCGACUAUUGAAUCGGGAGGGUGAUGGAUGUAGUGAACUGGAAACGGACGGGGUAGCAAAGGCGGCGGACUGACAUGACAUUAAUGUUGUCGUCUAUCGGCCUCUCCCUCCCAGUCUUCGUUUGAAUGCCGUUUCGUAGACUGUAC